GGGGAGAAGAAGGGAGGGGCUUUCAACGGUGGCGGCUGGUUCUGCGCCGGAUCCGGGCGAGGGGCGGGCGCCAUUGUGCUUCUCUGCCGAGUGCUCUGGUUUAUUUAGGAGCCCUGAUCUCCGAGGAAGAAGGCAGUGGUCGCUUCGAGCAGGACGCGCCCUGUACAGUGCCAGCUUGGGAAGAGGGGAAACCUCAAGAAUGGAUUCUAAACCGUCAAGGAUUCCAAGAAGAAUUUCAGUUCAACCCCCCACCUCUUUAAGUGCUAGGAUGAUGUCUGGAAGCAGAGGGAAUAAUUUAAAUGAUACCUAUCACUCAAGAGACUCUUCAUUUAGACUGGAUUCUGAAUAUCAGUCUACGUCAGCAUCAGCAUCUGCAUCACCAUUUCAGUCUACAUGGUAUAGUGAAUCUGAGAUAACUCAGGGAGCACGAUCAAGAUCACAAAACCAGCAACGGGAUCAUGAUUCAAAAAGACCUAAACUUUCCUGCACAAACUGUACAUCUACCUCAGUUGGGAGAAAUAUUGGACAUGGUUUAAAUGCAGUGUCAGAUUCUUCAUGGAGACAUAAUCAGGUUCCCAGAUCUUCAUCAAUGGUACUUGGAUCAUUUGGAACUGACUUAAUGAGAGAGAGAAGAGAUUUAGAGAGAAGAGCAGAUUCUUCCAUUAGUAAUCUUAUGGAUUAUAGUCACCGAAGUGGUGAUUUCACAGCUUCGUCCUAUGUUCAAGACAGAGUUCCUUCUUCAUAUUCACAGGGAGCAAGACCAAAAGAUCACUCCGUGAGCACUUUACAGUUGAAUACAUCAUCUACAAACCACCAAAUGCCUUCUGAACAUCAGACCAUACCAUGUUCUAGGGACUCCAGUAGAAAUUCUCUAAGAUCAAAUUUUUCUCCAAGAGAAUUGGAAUCUCCCCAAAGCAGUACACAACCUGGAUUUUCUUAUAUUUCAAAUAGAGAUGAAACCUCAACCAUAAGCAGUUCAGAUAGGGUUGGUUCAUCUCAAAGAUCAUUUCAAGAAUCUUCUGACAAUGAAGGUAGACGUUCAACCAGGAGAUUGCUGUCGCGUAUAGCUUCUAGUAUGUCAUCUACCUUUUUUUCACGAAGAUCUAGCCAGGAUUCCUUGAAUACAAGAUCGUUGAGUUCUGAAAAUUCCUAUGUGUCUCCAAGAAUCUUGACAACUUCACAGUCUCGUAGCAAUGCAGCAUCAUCUUCUGAUGUCCCUGAUAAUAGGGCAUCUGAAGCUUCUCAGGGAUUUCGAUUUCUUAGGCGAAGAUGGGGUUUGUCCUCUCUUAGCCAAAAUCAUAGCUCUGAGCCAGAUUCAGAAAAUUUUAACCAGGAAUCUGAAGGUAGAAAUACAGGACCAUGGUUAUCUUCCUCACUUAGAAAUAGAUGCACACCUUUGUUCUCUAGAAGGAGACGAGAGGGACGAGAUGAAUCUUCAAGGAUACCUACCUCUGAUAUACCACCUAGAUCUCAUCAUAUGUUUAGAAGAGAAUCAAAUGAAGUGGUUCACCUUGAAGCACAGAGUGAUCCUGUUGGGGCUACUGCCAGCAGAUCACAGGCAUCUGCGGCUUCGAGUAAUGCUGGUACUGGUGGCUCCACAUCAGAUUCAGCCCACAGUGGAAGAAAUACAGGAAUAACAGGGAUCCUUCCUGGUUCCUUAUUUCGAUUUGCAGUCCCCCCAGCACUUGGAAAUAAUUUAACCGACAAUGUCAUGAUCACUGUAGAUAUUAUUCCUUCAGGUUGGAGUUCAUCUGAUGGAAAAAGUGAUAAAACUAAAAGUGCACCUUCAAGAGACCCAGAGAGACUGCAGAAAAUAAAAGAAAGCCUCCUUUUAGAGGAUUCUGAAGAAGAAGAAGGUGACUUAUGUAGAAUUUGUCAGAUGGCAGCUGCAUCAUCAUCUAACUUGUUGAUAGAGCCAUGCAAGUGCACAGGAAGUUUGCAGUAUGUCCACCAAGAGUGUAUGAAAAAGUGGUUACAGGCCAAAAUUAACUCCGGUUCUUCAUUAGAGGCCGUAACCACCUGUGAACUCUGUAAAGAGAAGUUGCAGCUUAACCUGGAGGAUUUUGAUAUUCAUGAACUACAUAGAGCUCAUGCAAAUGAACAAGCUGAGUAUGAGUUUAUCAGCUCUGGUCUCUACCUAGUUGUGUUAUUGCACUUGUGCGAGCAAAGCUUUUCUGAUAUGAUGGGAAAUACAAAUGAACCAAGCACGCGUGUCCGAUUUAUUAACCUUGCAAGAACUCUUCAGGCACAUAUGGAAGAUCUCGAAACAGUAAUAAACCAGAUUCUUCUCAGGUGUGUGAGAGCACUUGCCUUAAGUUCAUUUUUUCUCUGGUGUCUGUAUCAUUAGCUACUAUGAACACAGAUUGGUCUCAGUUGUUUAGAAGAUGUUUCUUGAAGCACAUUUUAAGCAUUUUCAUUUUUAUAAAAACUAACCUAACAAAAAGAUGUGGGGGUGGGAACAUUGUGGAUGGGCAUCGCCCACAGUCAGACCACCCCUAACCCUAUCAUUUACCAUUUUGAUCAAACAGUAUACUAAAUUGGGAUUUUUAUUUUACAAGUCAUUACUAUUCUGGCUUCAUAUUUACACUUCCAUUCUCAUCCCCCUAAAAUCAUUCUUGAUCAUCCUGUUUUCUUUCAACAGCUUCAGAGGAUGAUUCCGAAGAAGAUGGAGACCAUAACAGAACAUUUGAUAUUGCCUAACUUCAUAUAAGACAAAUGGGUGAUCUGUGAACAAGUGUUUAUUAAAAGUGGCAAUUAAGUAUGAAUUAA